AUGUUCCUCUUAUUCGGUCUUGCCCGCAAGGCAGCCAACGGCAAUCACGACAGGGAGCACAACGAACGACAAAUCCCCGUCACCGAGGGAGGCGUACCCUAUAGCACACCCGCCUACUAUCAGAGCUACCCGUCGCCGCAGCCUUACCGCUCGUCGUGUCACCAACGCAAGGCGGAGCGACGUUUCGAGAGGCAGAUGCGCCGGGAAGAGCGCUGCGCGCGGAGGAUGGAUCGUCGAGGUGGCUGCUGUGGGAGUCGAAGUCAGCCUCCUCCACCCGCGGUCGUUGUCCAUCCUCCACAGGUGCAGCCUCAGCCACAAAUGUACCAGGCCCCGAUGUACAGGCCAAUGCAGUAUGAGAGCAGGAACAUGGAUGCAGGGGAUACACGCGACCGAGGGCCAGCAGCGGACGAGCCACCGGCGUAUGAGGAGUUGGAGAGGACUCAGAGGAGUGCGAAGAGGUAG